AUGCCUUCUCAGACGCAAUUACCCUUAGCUACUCAUAAAUUAGAGUCGGAAAAACAAAUAGAAACCACACAGAUAGCAGAUACGUCACCACAAGUAAACGAACCAACUAUAACAACAACGAAUGAAGAAAUAACAACCAUUGCUACCGUUACCGAUGCUAGCGUUAUUAAUACAACUAUUGAAAAUGCAUCUCCUACAGAUGCAGCAGACACAAAUCCGAUAUCCCUACCCUCCGCUGAUAACUCGAGUCCUCACGAAACGGCUCAUUCUCCACCCAUGUCUCCCACAUCCAACCCGACUCAUCAGCCAGCUCCAGCUUCACCCACAAACCCUUCGAAUUCUUCUCUUCCCACAUACACCAAACCCACUUCUCGCUCUCUCCCUGAACGCACCAUAACAGAAGCAAAUAUUGCUCAACGAUACAUCGAAUUCGUCUUUUAUUGUAAUCCAGCUGCACCAUUGGAGACUGACAUGACAUCCCUACUCAGAGCAUUCUUCGCCGUACCAAAGUCGGAUGGAAAACAAUUUUCACCAUGGCAUUUAUACCAGCUAGUUGCCAAACAUGAAUCUGGAGAGAUUAAGACGUGGACCAAGUUGGCUCAACAACUGGGUGUUGAGAGAAACGAAGAGUCGAGUCCCCAGAAGAUACAACAGUAUGCAGUGAGAUUGAAGAAAUGGAUGCGAAGCAUCCACUUGGACGCAUUUUUCGACUACGUCUUAUCAAAACCAAAUGAUUACUACGCCCACCCCUCUCAAAACCCGACUGGUUACGAAGACCCAGAAGACAAUGAGUCAGACGACUCUGACUUGGUUCUCAAAUUAAUAAAACGUGCCAACAGCAAACGCAAGAAACGCCGAUAUGUCCGUCGGAACACUCUUCCUGGGGCCACACCAAAUGCGCAAUUAUCUCCACCCCCAUCAAAACGUCAGAAGGUAACAUUUUCAGCCGGCGAGGAAGAUGAUCUAUCAGAUCUUGCAGACCAAGUUGAUAACACUGGUGUACGAAUUGUUCGUAGAAAGAGUCUUGUGCAAGUAGGUGUAGGGCCUAGAUGGGUCAAGGAUGAGGAUGAGGAUGAUUAUAUGCUGGAAGAUGCGAUUGAUAAUGAAAUGAUUAGUGGUGGUAGGGUGAUAAAUAGAGAGGAAGGAUUUAGGGGGUAUCAGCCUGGUGUCCCUGCACCAGGAAGUGAAUUGUUGCAGGUGGGGAAAAGAAGAGGUGGACCUUCCACUUCUAAUGUAAAGGGUGUGAAUGGUGGACAGAGAUACGUACAUGUGAGGAGUGUAGAGAACUUGCAUGCCGGACCGUCUUUGAAUAUAUCGAGUCAACAUCCACACGCUCAAAAUCCUACCGCAUCACAUAUUACUCCUCCCCUCCAGCAUCCCUACAUUCCAACUCCAACACCCUCUCCGACAGCUCAAGAGCUACCUGAUUCAAGACAUGAUAAUUAUAAACAACACCCUACUAAUCGAUCAUCCGCAAGCGGUACUCAGAUACGCUGGCGAAAUACAUCGAAACGCCGAAAAACGCUAGACUUUGGUGGUGGUCACUAUGAUAUAUUUCGUUUGAAAACAACCGCUCAGCCCACUCCACAGCAAUCUAGAAAGAAUUCAUCCAACGACUGGUGGCCUGACGAAUCACGCAACGCUAACCAAAACACAAACAAUAACGUCAACACUUCAAAUAUGGCAGGACACAUAUUAACGAAUAUGUCUAAUCAAAGUUCUAUGGGCCCGAGCAAUCCAUUGAAUCCUUUAAGCGCAAUGUCUCCACUUCCUCAGAUUUCAUACAGUGAGCUACUCUUGUCACCUGCUAACUGUGAUGCAAAGGAACUUGCUACGGUGUUUCAUGAGAGAUUGGUUAGAGCAGUAACAAUGUUGGAGGAUAGACAGAAGAGAAUCGAUAUGCUUGAGAACGUUGUGAGACAAAGAGAAGAUGAGGUCAGACGUGUUGUCAGGAGGAUGAAGGACGAGUUUGUCGACUUGUUGAAGCGUUGGGAGUAA